CUAGGACCUGCGGUAUACCUUGCAGUAGGGUGGGAGCAGCUUUGGGACUCCUCUGACUAACUUUCAGAACAAUCCAUUUUACAACGAGUGUGAGAGGCAGAAGAACAGAAAGUAGAUGGGACCCUAGCUUCAAAGCUUUCCAAACCAGAGCAGGAUUUGGGAGUUUGGGAUAACUUCUGCGUGUGGAGUGGAGAGUGGGAAUAUUGAACUCUUUUCUCUGGGACCUUUUCCCUCACUGGGUGUGCACAGAGGCAGUGUGUCUGGAGAGCUGUGGUUUAGGGUGUCCAGAUGGCAGACACGAGAGGUUCGGCCUGCAGUGGAAUCUGUCUCUAGAGGUCAGCGAGCCUCACACUUCAACUGGACACAUUCCACAGGACGUGUGCCCAUGAGGUCGUCGCCACUGGUCCUGCUCCUCCUGAUUGGCGUCCAGGCUGUACUGAACAUGGAAGGAGGAGGGGCCCUAGGUCCCGGGGCGGCCAAUCACAGAUCAGGACAGCAGCAGACAGCAGCUGGGGACCGCCUCUCAGAGCGCCACGCCCUACAGGACAAGAAAAGCAGCCACCAGAGGGGCAGGAAGACCCACAGGACCUCUGCCUCGCCGGCCCAGGACAGGAGCUCAUCACUGGGACACCCUGACCUUGACACCCCAUUAGACUCCUCCAUCCCUGAGGUGGACCCUAAACUCUUCAGCAAGCGGCGCUACCGCUCCUCACCGCGCGUGGUCUUCAGCGACACGGCCCCCUCGCACGGCGUCUGGGAGGGGGAGGAGGCGGGAGGCGGCACGGGGGGGCCAAGGGGGGCCCGGGUGAGGCGGCAGGCGGGGAAACAGAAAAAGUACAAUGAAAGCCGGGGAGAGUUCUCAGUCUGCGACAGCAUCAACGUGUGGUUGGGCAACUUGACGCGUGCCACAGACAUCCAAGACCAAGAGGUGAUAGUCCUGCCCAGCAUCAAGAUCGGCAACGAGGUCAUGAAACAGUUCUUCUUUGAGACCACCUGCCGGACCGCGUCCACGCUUGGCGGGCCCCCCGCCGCCGCUGGGGGGAGGGGCCAGGGCGGGGGACGGGGAGCCAAGGCGGGGGGAGGCUCCAAGUCGGGUUGCCGUGGCAUCGACAGCCGCCAUUGGAACUCCUACUGCACCAACACGCACACGUACGUCCGCGCGCUCACCAUCUUCCGCAACCGGACGGCGUGGCGUCUGAUCCGCAUCAACGCUGCGUGCGUCUGCGUGCUCAGCCGCAAGUACUGGAGGCACUGACUGAAGCCAGGUAGUGCCCCCCCUCCGCCCCGACUACCACACCCACCCUAACCCGUGUGGUCUCACCCCCCCCCUAACCAACACACAUUCCCUUCAACGAGCCACUGCAGCUUGAUUGCCAAUACGAUACCAUCUCCUCCUUCCCCAAACACACACACUCAAGCCACUCUCAAACACACACACACACACACAGUGACCACAGCCUUCACUUGUGUGCUUCAAUCCACCCCCUCACCCCCCCACCCCUCCAAUCUCAUUCACACCCAAUUCUUGACCCUACCCACCCUACCUACCCUACCUCAGUCUGAAAGAUCCUGGUUGUUUUAAGUUAUGAGGACUGCAUGUCAUAUUUAUAUAGUCAAAUAUAAAAUAUAUAUAUAUAAAUGUGUAUAUACAUUAUGAUUUCAAGCUUAUGUUGUUGUUGUUGUGUUGUUAUUGUUAUUGUUGUUAUUGUUCUUGUUGUUGAUGCUGUUAUUUAUUAAACACCUCACUACAUGCAA